AUGACUAAUCCCUGGGUAGAUGUCGCCAGCUUGCUCAGUGAAGCAUCCGAAGACCAGAUCCGCGAGUUCGAGGAGAGCCUGCGCAGCCUCAAAGGCCGGGCCAAUGCAGAUCUGCAGCAGAAUGUUAUGCAGAACCGCACCCAAUUCAUCAAGAUCAGCAAGGAGGCCGAGAAACUCAAGAGCGAGAUGCGGGCGUUGAAGAACCUCAUGACCGAUCUCAAGGUCAACACCACAGCGCUGCGCCAGGCCUCGAACAAUGGGAACGACGAGUCGUCUAGCCUCAGUGGAGAGCUCACGACGGGCAUGAGCAAACGGGACAAGCGAAGCUCGGUCGCCGACCGUAGCGCUCUGUGGAAUUCACAGAUGCAAGCCCUGUACAAGAACGUUGAGGGAUCUCAGAAGUUUCUGCCCAACUCUUCCCGUCGCCACGUCAUUCAGAAUGCUGGCGCAUGGAUUGAGUUGGACAACGCCACUUACAAGUCUCGCCGAGCUAUGCAGAUAUUCCUCCUGAGCGACCACCUCCUCAUUGCCUCUCGCAAGAAAAGGAAGGCGGAUGUGCCUCCACGCGAGGCACAAGGCCCCCUCGUUAAGCUGGUUGCCGAUAGGUGUUGGCCACUGCUUGAUAUCGAGGUGGUCGAUAUGGCAGGAUCGAGCGACAACUCUACGACCAGGAACAAGCUAGCGGAUGCCAUCAUGGUCAGAGGUGUCGGCCAGGAGUCCGUCAUCUAUCGAACUGAGAAGCCCGAAGACAUGGAGAAGAACAGUCUGCUUCUAAACAUCCGCAAAGCGGUGGAGGAGUUACGCAAGGAGAGACAAUCGGAAUUGGAGGCGAACAACAAAGCCAAGGAGACCAUCAACUACUUUGCAUCCCGAGACCCGGGUCUGCUUCAGAAGACAGAGCUGUUGGAGACUCUAUCCGAUAUCAAAGACAUGCUCAUCGAGGUGGAUGGAAAGCAGCAGAACCUGCGAUGGGUCGAAAGCCAGAUGGAUGAGUUGGAUAUCGAUAUUGCACUGCAGAGCUUCGAGCCGGCUGUUGGCCGUGUCGAAAAGCUCAAGACCCUUGCUCGAGGCCUGAAGAACAACGCGGUAGCGCAGGACUUCAUCAGUUUCAAGGUCGAAGAGCGAUGCGCCAAGUUGGCGGGCAUGAUUAUUCGCGAGCUGGAAACGACGCAUACUGCGCCUACGAAGAAUAAGCGCAACAUCAGCUGGUUGGCCAGACUGGGCUACGAGGACAGAGCUCGUGAGGCCUAUCUGCUAGCGAGGCAUAACAUCAUCCAGAAGAGGUCGAGGCAAUGCAUCUUCCAGGGUGAUUUGCACUUGUACAUCUGGGAAGUCUCGUUUGUCUACUUCUCACUCAUCCGCAACACCGUGAGCUGCUUUCAGUCAUGCUUCCCCCCGCCAAUGAUGAGCGCCUGCGUCAAAUGGGCCAAGGAAGAGGUAGAAACCUUCAAUGCCAUUCUUGCCCGUCAGCUCAGUGGUACUGAGCGCGGCGGAAAGGUGUGGAAUGACUGCAUGGAGCGGGCUCACGAGCACGCAAAGAUGUUGAACGAGGUGCAGCUGGAUUUUCGUACUCUCGUUGGACGGGACCUGGAGCAGCCCUCGGGAGUCGCCAGUCCUGUCGGCCUCGGGCUGUCGUAA